AGAGAGGGAGACAGAGAGAGAGAGAGAGAGAGAGAGAGAGAGAGAGAGAGAGAGAGAGAGAGAGAGAGAACGAAAGAGAGAACGAAAGAAUAACUAGUGGGAAAGAGGAUUUUUUUUAGUCCUUUAACGGGCUUGUAACUUCUAACGGUCUGUCUGUUAGACACGGUUGUCCUCAGACCGGUUAAACUGGAUCGGUGAGACGGUCACUGUGUUAUUUAAUUCUGGGUGAAGCUCCAGUUAAUGGACUAAGCUGAUGAGAACAUUGUCCAUUCCCUGUAGAGCGUAGUGCCGUGUCAUCGCAUUUAAUCACUCAGACCUUUCAAACAUGAGCCAAUUGUUCCUGUUGUGCAGUUAAGCGAAGCCCCCAGGCCUGAGCUUCCUGACACACAAGGAUCACCUGACCCAGUCUCUGUGAUAUUUUCACAAGUUUCUCAUCCCUUUACUUAAAGCCCAGCUGCGAUGUAUGGUAGUGCCCGCUCAGUGGGUAAACCGGAGGGCACUCAGAGCCCUGGACGCUCUCCACGCUUACCUCGCUCCCCUCGCCUGGGCCAUCGGCGUAAUAACAGCACAGGGGGUACGGGUGGUAAAACGCUCUCCAUGGAGAACAUUCAGUCUCUAAAUGCCGCCUAUGCCACAUCUGGACCCACAUACCUGAGCGACAUAAAUGACACUACCACGCCCGCCUCCAUCUCUGUCUCGAUCUCAGAUGUGCCAAAGAGCACUAUGACCCUGGGCCGCUCAGGCGCUCGGCUUCCCUACGGCACACGCGCCACAGUGUCGGGCAGCAGCCCCAACAUCGCCAGCGACUCCAUUGCCUUUGGGGAUCACCACGUGCCUGCAGCUAUGGCAUCCACUGUGCCACACUCACUGCGCCAAGCCCGCGACAACACCAUCAUGGACCUGCAGUCGCAGCUGAAAGAAGUUCUGCGUGAGAAUGAGCUCCUGCGCAAAGAGGUAGACAUCAAAGAGAGCAAGCUCAGCUCGUCCAUGAACUCCAUCAAGACAUUCUGGAGCCCCGAGCUGAAGAAGGAGCGUGCCCUUCGCAAGGACGAGGUCUCCAAGAUCGCAGUGUGGAAGGAGCAAUACCGUGUGAUGCAGGAGGAAACGCAGCAUCUCCAAAUGACCAUCCAGGCUCUCCAGGACGAGCUGCGCAUCCAGCGCGACCUCAACCAGCUCUUCCAGCAGGACUGCAGCGGGACGCGGCUGGGCGAACCGUUCUCCGCCGAGCUCACUGAGGAGAACUUCCACCGGCUGCACAGUGAACAUGAAAGGCAAGCCAAAGAGCUGUUUCUCCUGAGGAAAACUCUGGAGGAGAUGGAGCUGCGCAUCGACACGCAGAAACAGACGCUCAACGCUCGGGACGAGUCCAUCAAGAAACUGCUGGAGAUGCUGCAAAGCAAAGGUCUGUCAGCUAAAGUCAGCGAGGAGGAGCACGAGCGCACUCGGCGCCUCGCCGAGGCCGAGAUGCACAUCCACCAUCUGGAAAGCCUGCUGGAGCAGAGGGACAAGGAGACGAGCGCACUCAGGGAGGAUCUCCAUCGACGCUACGACGGAGCACCUGAUUCUGCCAAGACCAAAGCCCUACAGACUGUCAUCGAGAUGAAGGAUUCUAAGAUCAGUUCUCUAGAGCGCAGUCUAAGGGAUGUGGAGGAGGAGGUGCAGAUGCUGAAAUCCAACGGAGCUCUAAGCACAGAGGAGAGAGAGGAGGAGAUGAAGCAGAUGGAGGUUUAUCGCAGCCACUCCAAAUUCAUGAAGAAUAAGGUAGAGCAGCUGAAGGAGGAGCUGAUUCAGAGCGAGGCCCAGGCCGAGGAGCUGAGAAACCGAACAGCUGAUCUGCAGCUGGAGCUCUCUGCAAUUGACCAGGUGAAGCAGGACCUGUCCAGGAAGGACACUGAACUUCUGGGCCUGCAGACCAAACUGGAGACACUAAACAACCAGUUCUCAGACAGCAAGCAGCACAUUGACGUCCUUAAAGAGUCUCUAACUGCCAAAGAACAGCGAGCUGCUAUUCUACAAACAGAGGUGGAUGCCCUUCGUCUGCGCCUGGAGGAAAAGGAAGCCAUGCUGAAUAAGAAGACAAAGCAGAUCCAGGAAAUGUCAGAAGAGAAAGGCACACUCGGUGGAGAAAUCCAUGACCUUAAAGACAUGCUCGAUGUCAAAGAGCGCAAAGUCACUGUGCUGCAGAAGAAGAUCGAGAACCUCCAGGAACAGCUGAAGGAUAAGGAGAAGCAGAUGAGUAGUCUGAAAGAGAGGGUCAAAUCCCUGCAGACUGACACCUCUAACACCGAUACAGCGCUCACUACGCUCGAGGAGGCGCUGGCUGAGAAAGAGCGAAUUAUCGAGCGUCUGAAGGAGCAGAGAGAUCGAGAUGAGAGGGAGAAGGGAGAAGAGCUGGAUAGCAGCAAGAAAGAGCUAAAGGAGCUGAAGGAGAAACUCAGCCUGCUACAGGGAGACCUGUCUGACCGUGAGACAUCUUUGUUGGAUCUGAAGGAGCACGCCUCAUCCCUGGCCUCGGCGGGUUUGAAGAAGGACUCCAAACUCAAAAGUCUGGAGAUUUCACUGGAGCAGAAGAAAGAGGAGUGCAUCAAACUGGAGAUCCAGCUGAAGAAGCACACCGAGCACAUUUCAGGCCAUUCCUCCAAUCGUGCUCAGACGGCAGCUGCGGAGGCUCAGGCGAGCACGGAGCUGUCAGAGCGCAUCAGCUCCCUCGAGCAGGAGGUGAACCGACACAGAGAGGAUGCUGGGAAAGCCCAGUCUGAAGUGGACCGUCUGCUGGAGAUCCUCAGAGAGAUGGAGAACGAGAAGAACGACAAAGACCGCAAGAUCAGUGAACUGGAGAGUUUGUCUUCAAGGCAGACGAAGGACCAGAGCAAGAAGGUAGCCACUCUGAAACACAAGGAGCAAGUGGAGAAGAACCGGAACGCACAGCUGAUGGAGGAGGCACGCAAGCGUGAGGAUAACAUCAACGAAAGCUCUCAGCAGGUCAAGGACUCUCUGAGGCAGAAAGACGAACGAAUCGAGGAACUGGAAGAGGCGCUACGUGAGAGUGUACAGAUCACCGCAGAGAGAGAGAUGGUGCUGGCACAAGAAGAGGCUGCACGCACACAUGCAGAGAAACAGAUGGAGGAGCUGUUGGGAGCAAUGGAGAAGGUAAAGCAGGAGCUGGAGUCCAUGAAGGCCAAGCUUUCGUCUACGCAACAGUCCCUGGCGGAGAAGGAGGCCCACCUGACCACACUGCGAGCCGAGCGCAGGAAGCACCUGGAGGAGGUUCUGGAGAUGAAACAGGAGGCGCUAUUGGCGGCCAUCAGCGAGAAGGACGCCAACAUCGCACUCCUGGAACUGUCCGCUUCUAAAAAGAAGAAGACUCAGGAUGAAGUGGCUCUGCUGAAGAGGGAGAAAGACCGGCUGGUACAGCAGCUCAAACAGCAGACGCAGAACCGGAUGAAACUGAUGGCCGAUAAUUACGAGGAUGACCAUCUGAAAGCUUCUUCAAAUUCAGACCAGAGUAAUCACAAACCCUCCCCAGAUCAGAUUAUUUCCCCUCUUAUAGACCUCAAUCAGAACCGCAGUAAGCUGAAAUUGUACAUUGGCCACCUCACAGCCCUUUGUCAUGAGAGAGACCCCCACAUCCUGCAGGACCUGGCUCCACCCUCAGCUUACCACCGCAGCCAGAGGGACGCCUGGGAGGAAGAGCUACAGAAGAUGAGCCGGGAGGAGCUGGAAUCAGAGCUGGAGCAAUGCGAGCGAGAGAGCGCCGAGCUGCAGGAAUACGCCAACUCCGUCCUGCAGCAGAUCGCAGACCACUGCCCUGACAUCCUGGAGCAGGUCGUCAACGCACUGGAGGAGUCGUGCUGAACGUGACAUCGUGCUCUCUUUCACUCCCCCACACCCCCAUUCUUUUUUUUCCUUCUUCUUCUUUUUUGUGACUCAAAACUACGGGCUCAAGGACACCAGCGUGCAUCUAAACCCACACUUCCAGACGCCAGACAGGAAGGAGCUGGAGUGUAAAUUGGGACGCACAGCCGAACAAGCCUCGUGGGGGUCGUCCCUGCAUCAGUGGUCUCAUGACACUGUCUCUCAUCACCUACCUAUCCUCCUCUCUGCUGGUUAACGGCUCCAAGUCCUCGAUGUUUACAGCUCGCUCACACACACAUAAACACACUGAGAUGAAGUGGUGUGGUGCAGUAUUAAAGUAGAAGUCCAUUAAGUCCAUCAGUAUGAGUGAAACCAAAACAUCUUACCCUUAACAUGAAGAGGCUUUCGUGCUCUCUCUCUCUCUCUCUCUCUCUCUCUCUCUCUCUCUCUCUCUCUCUCUCUCUCUUUCCAUCUCAGUCUCUAUAUCUCUCUCCGAGUCCAUAAAUCUGCUCUCUGAUGGCCUCCAGAUGCAGGAGCACCGAAAACGUCCUUUUCUCUUUUCUAAGCCUAUCGAAGUGAGUCAUAUGAAUUCACUUUAGAGCCAUUUGCUCUCUACUGUAUCAAAUGCCAUCAUUCAGCACUGUAGGUCGAUCCGUAACCCUGUUACUACCCAGAAUUCCCUUUAGAGUUGUAUUUUAAUUUUGCCCAAAUCGCCUGGGAGAGCAGGAGAGAACCGGUCAUGUUCUGAGGAUUAUUGCCGCUACUGUUUGUUUGGCUGAAUCCUUUAAGGAAAUUAGAAAAGGGAUUAUUAUUAGCAGGAUUAGGAGGAGUUCCUGAGACCUGGUUUUAUUACAGAUAGAUAUAUAGAUAUAAAGGGGGGGGGGGGGGACUGGUGGUGUAUUGUGUAAAUUGUAUAGUAGCCUGAAUAAGCGUUUCACCCAAGUGACUGUUACUUCUGCUGGUCGAAACUAACGCAAAUAACUCUUAUUUCAACGGAGGGGGUUAUUCCGCUGUUCUUUAUCUCUUUCUCUCCUGCUCUCGAGCCCCUUGUCCCCACGUACACAAGGUGAAUCUUCUCACCGUUUAUGAUUAUAUGAGUCUCUAUCUCCAGGGCCAAGGGUGUCUGAAAGCAGGGUCAACUCAUCAUAAAUAUUGCCUCAUCAAUUACUCACCCGGAGUCGAUUGUCCCACAGACGAGGACGACACAGAGACGUACCCCACAGAGACGUGCUCUCUCGCCUGUCUCUCGUCUCUCUCUCGUCUCUCUCCUCUCUCGGUUUCAACCUGCAGUCCUGCGUUUCACUGCAGCGAUAAGCAGCGUUGGUAUAUUUCCACGUCUCUGAUCUCUGCAAGGCUUUAUCUUUCUUAUUAACACACACACACACACACACACACACACAGUCAUGCCACCAAACAGGUACAAGGAGACAGAUAAGAGAGAAAUACGUUCGUUUUACUCAAACAUAGACUCGAGUGAAUCAAGCGGAUUUUACAGCACGUAUCUCUCCAUUAGCCGACGAGGUAACGGUCUCUAUUUAAGAUCCCAAACACAUAAAAUCGGCAUGCGAUACGAGAUAAACUUCCUUUUUAAAUAACAAACACAUGCAGUCAAAGAAGUAUCCGGAUGGAAGCUACACAUAUUAAAGACGACUGACCUUAAAAAACAGCGUGUUACUACAGGCUCCGUUUACUUACAAUCGGAGCAUCGUUUUAAGAAAAUUGCUCGUUUUUUUAGAUACUAAUAUAUCUCAAUAAAUAAGUGUAAUGUUUUCAAAUGUCUACAAACAUAAUCCCUGCUUUUGGAUCAUGUUCGCUUGCGCACACAGUCACUAGUUUCUCAAUCAAUUAAUUCUUAAUUAAAUCUGUUUGACACCGUUGUGUAUUUUCUAUUUUUUUUUUCUUAUUAUUAUUAUUAUUAUUAAAGCAAACGUGCAAAAUCAGAGUGUCUAUUUAACCCAAACACACAAUCCUCGGUGUCUUUUUGUGCAGGCGAAUUUAUCCAAUUGGCUCUUUCACGUUUUCGCUAAAUACCAAAUACGGUUAAACCGCUCAUGUUAAGAUGUUAAAGUUUCAAAUAGAAAACAAGACGGUGUCUAAGUUUGCAUUCUUCUCUCUUUAUAAAUGUGAUCUAGAUAUCCUCUAAUAGUUUUCUUUGCAUGUCUAACGUCUCUCGCGGUCUAUUUUGCUUGGGGUUUAAACGGAUCCUCCUGCAUUUUUUUUUUAGAUGAGUUGUAACCACGGGGGGUGUAAACUUUUGCACUCGACUCUAUUUUUCGUUCGUACAGUAUGAAUGAGACGAUCCAAAGGUUAACGAGAGCCCGUUUGUGCCAGUGUUUAAUGAUGCAGUACGUAAUGAUGCCUCGCUUUAUGUUGGCAAUACCGAGGAAACGCCCUGAGACGGCACGGCACAAACCCAAAUGAUUUUAUUACAGUUUUUAUUGCCACGAUUAAUCCUGAUGGGUUUCUUUAUGCGACAGAGCAUGCACACUAAUCUCAGCUUCUUUUUCUCUCUUGUCUCAUCUCUCUCUCUCACACACACACACACACACACACACACAGAGUGCACUGUGUUUUGGCUCGGUACUCUACAGCCUCUGAAAUAUGGGGCUCAGUUAUCAGGGCUGUGGCUGAGUAUCCAAGCUUAGACUAAACACAGGCCUCUCGCACAUGCUCACUCUUACACAUCCACUUUCACACACACAAGCAGGAUUUAUGAGGCACACUCUUAACGUUCCCCGAUGCCUGCCUCCAGUCAGCUCCGAAUUCAGUCAGAAAACAAGACCGAGUAACCAGAAACAGAUCAGAGAGGGGAAAGUGCUGGAGGAGGAGGAGGAAGAGGAAGAGGACGAGGAGGAGAUUCUCUCAUGCGUGUCAUAUGUAGUGACUCUCAGCUUCCCUCACUGACCUUCAAGUUUUUCAGGAUGCUUCUUCAUAUCGUCUAAAGCCGGCUCGGUUCGUUGUUUCAUUCUUCAUAAGUUACACGUCGCACUUUAAGUUACGGUGCCUUUGCAUAUUUGGAAGAGUGGCAGGUCAGAAGCACAUCUGCUCGUAUAAUUAUGCACAAGGCAUUGCUUUAGCUUCUCUCUCUCUCUCUCUCUCUCUCUCUCUCUCUCUCCCUCCCUUUCUCUCUGUCAAGUGCAUAUAGAAAGGGAGGUGAAGCCUCGAAUGUUCUCUAGUGUUGUCUUUUUAAAGCAAUGCCAUACUCAAUCCUUCAUCUUCUCAUUUCAUUGUGGAAUUUUUCCAUUAUCUAUCAGUGUGGAGCGCGCAGUCAGGUCUCCGCUCACGCCGUCUGGGAGUCGACGGUAUCGCCGAGGAUCGUUAGAAACAAACACGCAAAAACACGCCGUCACUCAUCUUUUUUUUUUUUUGUUUGUUUUUCUUUUCUAAAUCUUUUUUAACACGUGACAAGAUCGCAACAGUAAAGGUCAGCGCUCAUCUUUGAGAGUCUGAUUUAUUUGCUAUUGCUCUCGUCUGUUCACUCAGCGAUGAGAACACUGCCAGAGAAAUUCUGCCUGGACUCGUUUAGCCCCCCCCCACCCUACCCCCCUUACACGUACACACAUCUAUAUUUGUAUAUCAGCUGAUAAAGGGAGACGAAUAGAGUCGAACUCCGUGCUGUCGUUGGGUUGUUUUUUGGGUUGUUUUUGUUGUUUUUUUCUCACAACGUCGUCUACGAAGGGGGAAGAAGUCCGUCUGAACAAAACGUCCGCCACACGCCCCUACGUCUCACGCAACGAUACGAGACGACGAUCUCUCAAAUACUUUCUAAGUGUCAAAUACAAGCUGUUAACACAGUUACCGUGUGGAUGAUGUAUCGUCGCUAUGUGCUCAAUACUCUACUUACGUUCAGUUCUUUUUCCCACAUCCUGUUCAAAUGUGGGAGAUUAAAAGUGUCGCUUUUAUUUCCUUUUUUUUUAAAUCGCUAAUGUUUACGUGUGUUCAGGGGUUAAAAAAAAGCCUCCCUCCAUGACUGUGCUCCACAUGUGCUCGCUGGUCCCUAGCCUUGUUUUAACUACUAAAACUGUGACUCUGGAUCGCAGGUCAGCUUUAUCCGAGCGUGAAACACGAUCCGGAUGCUUUUGUGUUUCCUGUCGUUUAGAGCUCGUGUUUAAAAGCGACACUCGCGUGUUACGACCCUUUAAGUAGCUCUCUAUUAAACAGUUUACUUAUCCACUCGUGUACUAUCGGCACCGUUUACUCAAACGCUCCGCAUUUUUUGUGCAUCCGUCACGUCCGUUCCCAUCGGUUUACAGAGAACCGAAAGAGCGUUAAACAGCUGCCGAUGGAUCAGGACACGUCCGUCUGCGUGACACCGAAUGCAGCCGAGUCUACUGUUAAAAUGAACCAAAGCUGAACCGAAGGCUCCUCGUGUUAAGUCGUGAAGGUCGAACCAAAGACGUGCAAUUUUCUGAAAGUUUUUUGUAUCCCCCUUUUUAUUUUUUUUAUUUUCUCCCCCUCCCUCUAAUGACAGAAUGCACAGAUUGACCACACAUUGUGAAGUCCACCGAAUCGGGCUCCUCUCUUAUAUCUCUCAUAUCUUACAUCCUUAUUUCAGAGGAUUUAUAAAAUAUCUAUAAUAUUGUAAUUAGUGGUUCGUUUUUCCCCAGCACACUGCCACAGUCCUGGAGGGUUCCUACCCCAUUUCCACCUUAAUUUAAUACAUUUAAUAAAGGAAAAGAUGUUUUAAAAAACAAUUCUUUACCAUAUCUGGGUUUCAUUUGCUUCCUUCUAUAUAUAUAAAAAAAAAAUUUCCCCCUCUCUGUUUGUGUAAGAGUUGGAGAUUUGUGUACCAAAAAAAAGAAAAAGAAAACCGAAAGCUGAGCAUCAUGAGACGUAUUGUGUUCAUUUUUUUUUUCUUUUCUAAAUACAAACACUUCGUUAUCAGCCGUC